AUGGCGUUCUUAAUACUAGUCAUUGGCGAUCUCCACAUCCCAGACCGCGCCCUUGAUAUCCCAGCAAAGUUCAAGAAGCUCCUCGCUCCCGGAAAGAUUGGACAGACCCUCUGCCUAGGCAAUCUUACCGAUAAGCACACAUAUGAGUAUCUACGCACGAUUGCCCCGGAUCUCAAGAUCGUCAAGGGCCGCUACGAUGUCGAGGCGACCAGCCUGCCCCUGACCCAGGUUGUUACCCACGGCUCCUUGCGUAUCGGCUUCCUGGAAGGUUUCACCCUCGUCUCCAACGAACCGGAUCUUCUUCUCGCGGAGGCCAAUAAGCUCGAUGUUGAUGUUCUCUGCUGGGGCGGCACUCACAAGUUUGAUGCGUUUGAGUACAUGGACAAAUUCUUUGUCAACCCUGGCAGCGCCACUGGUGCUUUCACUGCGGGAUGGGGCAAAGACGGCGAGGAGCCCGUCCCAAGUUUCUGCCUGAUGGACGUCCAAGGUAUCUCGCUGACUCUAUAUGUUUACCAACUACGGAAAGACGACAAGGGGAACGAGAAUGUUGCAGUGGAAAAGGUGACCUACACGAAGCCUGUGGAGCCAUCUGCUUCAUCAUGA